UUGGACCUAUUUAUAGAGCUGACUUCUUUUGCAAUGUCAACUGUAACCUUACACUUAUUUUAAGCCUCAGUAUCUCAGAUAUCAGCCUCUACCAGCUGUACAGUUUACUCUUAUUUGAUAAAUCAGAGAGACCAAUGGAGCCCGCUGAAGAACCUGGUCAGAUUAGCAAAGAUAACUUUUUAGAAGUUCCUAAUCUGUCUGAUUCUGUGUGUGAGGAUGAAGAAGUUAAGGCGACCUUCAAGCCUGGCUUCUCCCCUCAGCCAAGCAGACGGGGGUCAGGAUCUUCUGAAGACUUGUAUCUGGACACUCCAACCUCAGCUUCCCGGAGAGUUUCCUUUGCUGACAGCCUGGGAUUCAGCCUUGUGUCUGUUAAAGAAUUUGAUUGCUGGGAACUACCAAGUGUUUCAACUGAUUUUGACUUAAGUGGGGAUGUUUUCCACACAGAUGAAUAUGUUUUAUCUCCACUGUUUGACGUGCCUUCUUCAACAGAAAAGCUUAUGGAACAACUUCAAGUCCAGAAAGCUGUGCUGGAGUCUGCUGAACACCUUCCCGGGUCAAGUAUGAAGGGCAUUAUUCGAGUUCUGAACGUUUCUUUUGAGAAGUUAGUGUAUGUGCGCAUGUCUUUGGAUGACUGGCAGACACAUUAUGACAUUUUAGCAGAAUAUGUUCCUAACUCGUGCGACGGUGAGACUGACCAAUUCUCUUUUAAGAUUUCAUUGGUUCCGCCUUAUCAAAAAGAGGGCGGUAAAGUGGAGUUUUGUAUACGCUAUGAAACGUCUGCUGGUACAUUUUGGUCAAAUAAUAAUGGCACAAAUUAUAUAUUGGUUUGUCAAAAGAAGAGGAAGGAGCCAGAGCCUGUAAAGCCGUUGGAGGAAGCACCUAGUAGACAAAUAAAAGGCUGCUUAAAGGUAAAAUCACGCAGUAAAGAAGAACCAUUGCUAGCACCAGAAGAAAAUAAAUUUGAGACUUUAAAGCUCACAGAGUCCUACAUCCCAACAAUCAUUUGUUCUCACGAGGACAAGGAUGACUUGGGAGCCAAUCAUCAAAAUGUAAAAGAUAUCAACAAGAAGCAUGACGAACAUAAUGGAAAGGAAUUAGACUUGAUGAUAAACCAACGGUUAAUAACUUCCCAGGAUGAAAAGAAUACAUUUGCAACAGAUACAGUCAAUUUCACAAAUAAAGCUGAAGGGUCAGAGAAGAAGCAAGCUUACCAUGAAAUCAACACUGACUUGUUCAUGGGGCCUUUGUCUCCAAGUUUAUCAGCAGAAAGUUCCUUAAAGAGAGAUUUCUAUCAUAGCAGAAACUAUUCCCCAGGAAAUGAAUAUGGUCAUCCACAUUCAGAGGAAAUUAUUUCAGAUAUGGGAGAAAAAGGUCCGUCACUGGGAGAUACUAGUUCUGAUGAGUUAAUGCAAUUGGAACUCUGCAGCAAGGAAGACCUGGAUGAUAAUGCCAACCCAGCCAAUGGGAGUGGCAGAGAGUGUUCUUCCUUCGAUCAACUAAUGGCGUGUAGUCUCAAGAAUAACGAAGCAGGAAUCAAGAAACCUGGAAUAAAAGAUUACAAAUAUUCACAUGGAGAUUCCACAAAAUUGGAAGAAUCAAAUGCAUCUUCCAGAGAUGAUUAUGCCAAAGUCGAUAAUAAAAAGGAGAAGCAAACAUGCUUAGGUGUUAAUGAAAACCCAAGCAAGAAUUUUCAAUCAGUAUUCCAGACCCAAGAGGGACAAAUGGGGUACCCAAAAAUAAGCACUGAAGGGGAUAAAGCUAAUAACCAAGACUUGACAAGUCUACUGAGCAAAGAUAUUACAGCUAACACCUGGGCGGUGACAGUAGAUCCCUGUCCUUCCACAAAUGCCAAAAGGAGUUGGAGAGAAGUUGGAAGUGGUAGCAAUUUAGAACCAGGAACUAGUGAUCUUAGCUCUCCAAGGAAUUUCAACCUUCUGACUGAUGAUCAUCUUUUUCAAGCUGACAGGGAAAACUCAGACUCUAGCAAUCCUGAAGAUCAGAAUAUGAACACACGGCAUAGAAAAAAAUGGAACGUUCUGGAAACCCAGCCAGAAACAAGUGAGACCGAAUCAGAUAUAGCCAAGCAUACCAAAGAACAAGCAGAGUAUAAAGACAUGUGGGAAAAAAGAGAUAACGGUAGGAAUCUGAAAGCUACUCCUACAGAACAAUGGUUUACCUGCCGACAGACAGAAUGCUAUGAACUGUCUUCUCUUGCUGAUCAUGGUAUUACUGAGAAAGCACAAGCAGUUACAGCUUACAUAAUUAAGACAACAUUAGAAAGUACUCCAGAAAGCGCGUCUGCUAGAGGAAAAGCAAUAAUUGCUAAGCUACCUCAAGAGACAGCACGAAAUGACAGGCCCAUCGAGGUAAAAGAAACAGCGUUUGAUCCACAUGAAGGGAGGAAAGAUGAUUCACAUUAUUCCCUUUGUCAUGGAGAUACAGCAGGUGUAAUCCAUGACAAUGAUUUUGAAAGGGAGUCACAUUUAGAUAUUUGUAAUUUACGUGUGGAUGAAAUGAAGAAGGAGAAAACCACAUCUACGUGCUCUCCUCAGAAGACAUAUGACAAGGAGAAACAUGGGAUUGGAAGUGUAACAUCUACAGACGAACCUUCACAGGUCAUUACAGGCAAUCAAAAAGCUACGUCAAAACUGGAUUUACAUUUGGGAGUGUUACCAACAGACAGAGCAAUAUUCCAAGCAAAUGCAGAACUUGAGCUGCUUCAAGAAUUAUCAAGGAGAACAGACUUCAAUGCUGUUCACUCUGCAUUUAACUCAGACACUGCCAGCGCUUCUCGGGACAGCUCUCAAGUUUCCAGACACUGCUCUAAAAAAUCAGUACCUUCUUACGGUGAAGAGAAAGCAGUUACUAACACAACCCUCCAGUCUAUUCCUACCAAAUCAGAAUAUAAUUGGCACCCAGAAAGUGAGGUCUUGGGCCAUGCCAUGUCUAAACCUGAAGAUGUUUUCAAAAGUUCAGAAAUAAUGAAAUCAGGUAGUGGAGGAGAACGAGGCGGGGGUCCAAUUCUCCAACAAAAAGAAGGCAGCUUAGAAAACUCCCAAGGCCCGAUGAUUUUUAUCAAUGAUUCUCUUGAAAAUGUGGAUGAAGCGAGUUCUGAAAAUGAAGGGUUAACACAUUCUGGACAGUCACAGUGUUGUCUGGGUGACAAAGGAUCAGUGAGCUCUGCUUCUCCUACUGUCCCUACCCAGGAACUGGAAGCUCAAGGCAGGGAGUCUCUGCUUUCAAUAUCCACCAACUCUAAAAUACCGUAUUUCCUUUUGUUUCUGAUAUUUCUUGCAACUGUCUACUACUAUGACUUAAUGAUAGGCUUGGCGUUCUACCUUUUUUCGUUAUACUGGUUGUACUGGGAAGGGGGGAGGCAAAGAGAGUCUGUCAAGAAAAAGUGAGCUUGGCACAGUUGCUAUUCUCUCUUGAAAGAUAAGCUAUUUAGUCCCAAACAUUUGGAAUGGCAGGAGAGACUAUUCAUUGUUCAAAGAAUCAGUGCAGUUUUUCUCUUGAAGGAUCAUUUAAAAAGGAAUGCGUAUGAAGUUUGCUCCUUCAUAUAAGUAAUUAUUCUAUAUAGGACCAUUAUGCUUGGAUCAUUAAAUACCUAUAUGAAUAUGAGAUGUGAAGCACGUCAAGUUGGAAUUAGGUACAGCUGUUGCUCCUUAGCAGGCUGUGAAGUUGAAAUGCUUCAUGUCUCUUCACUAUUUAAAGUGCAAUUUCCUGCAUUCAUUUCUUUCACAGUAAAGCUUUGGAUAUUUUUUUUCCCUGAGAGUACUUUCCUCCUAGGUUUUUAAAAAAUAGAUAAAACAUGGAGAAAUAUUUUUCUUUAGUCCCUAGAAUUAGCCAUGAAAAUUUCAUUUAGCACUGUGUCCUCUAUCAGCACAUAUUGAUAGAUCAAAUAUUAAAAUUUCUGUUUAUGCCUUUAAGAAAAUACCCAUGUAUUUUGCAAUAUAAAAAUGUAAAUUGGAAAUAUGUUUUAUGCACACUCAAGUUAUACUUCAUGUGCAUACCAUUGUAUCUCUUUGUACCUAUGAUGUCAGGGUUUUCAUACACCAAUUUUAACUUUGUUUGUUUAUUUAUAUUUAGUUGAAUGUGUAGACUGUCACACAAAUGGACAAUUUUAAUGUUAAGUGUUGUCCAGACAUGAAAAUUCUAACAUUCUAUCAUCAUUGUUUCAAGGUGACUUUGCACCUACCUUGUAGUUCUUAACCUGUGGGUUACAACCCCUUUGGAUGCUGCAUAUCAGAUAUUUAUGUUAUCAUUCACAACAGUGAGCA